UGGUGGAAAGCUGCAGGCAAGGAUGGAUGUGGUCGACAGCCUUCUUGUGAAUGGAAGCAUCACUCCUCCCUGCGAACUAGGGAUCGAGAACGAGACGCUUUUCUGCUUGGAUCAGCCCCAUCCUUCCAAAGAGUGGCAGCCGGCGGUGCAGAUUCUUUUGUAUUCCUUGAUAUUCCUGCUCAGUGUGCUGGGGAACACACUGGUCAUUACGGUGCUGAUUCGGAACAAGAGGAUGAGAACAGUCACCAACAUCUUCCUGCUCUCCCUGGCCGCCAGCGACCUCAUGCUCUGCCUCUUCUGCAUGCCGUUCAACCUCAUCCCCAACCUGCUCAAGGACUUCAUCUUCGGGAGCGCUGUGUGCAAGACCACCACCUACUUCAUGGGCACCUCUGUGAGUGUAUCCACCUUUAAUCUGGUAGCCAUAUCUCUAGAAAGAUAUGGGGCAAUUUGCAAACCCUUGCAGUCCCGAGUCUGGCAGACAAAAUCACAUGCUUUGAAGGUGAUCGCCACUACCUGGUGUCUCUCCUUUACCAUCAUGACGCCAUACCCAAUUUAUAGCAACCUGGUGCCUUUUACCAAGAAUAACAACCAGACCGCGAAUAUGUGCCGCUUUCUACUGCCAAAUGAUGUUAUGCAGCAGUCCUGGCACACAUUCCUGUUGCUCAUCCUCUUUCUUAUUCCUGGAAUUGUGAUGAUGGUGGCAUAUGGAUUGAUCUCUUUGGAACUUUACCAAGGAAUAAAAUUUGAUGCUAGCCAGAAGAGGUCUGCGAGAGAAAGGAAACCGAGCACCGGCGGCAGCGGUCGGUACGAAGACAGUGACGGGUGUUACCUGCAGAAGGCCAAGCACCAAAGGAAGCUGGAGCUUCAGCAGCUGUCCGCCACCAGCAGCUCCAGGGCCAACCGCAUCCGGAGCAGCAGCUCCGCGGCCAACCUGCUGGCCAAGAAGCGGGUGAUCCGCAUGCUCAUGGUCAUCGUGCUGCUCUUCUUCCUGUGCUGGAUGCCCAUCUUCAGCGCCAACGCCUGGCGGGCCUUUGACACGGCCUCUGCCGAGCGCCGCCUCUCGGGGACCCCCAUUUCCUUCAUCCUCCUGCUCUCCUACACCUCCUCCUGCGUCAACCCCAUCAUCUACUGUUUCAUGAACAAACGGUUCCGCCUCGGCUUCAUGGCCACCUUCCCCUGCUGCCCCACCCCUGGUGCCCCAGGGGCUAGAGGGGAGGUGGGGGAGGAGGAGGACGGCAGGACCACGGGGGCAUCCCUGUCCAGGUACUCCUACAGCCACAUGUGCGCCUCUGCCCCACCCCCGUGAGUAGCCUGGACCCUCCCGUGCAGAAGGAAGGAGGGGAGUGAGGGAGAGGGAAAGGAGGACAGGAAGGGGAAGCAGGAGGAGGCAGGAAGUGAGGGAGAAGGAAGGCUCCACUUCCAGUGGGAGCUAUUCCUUGUCUGCCUUCCAUCCCUCAUCUGGGCCCCAGGAGAACAAGACUAGGGUGGGGCACUGACUUGGUUUCUAGGCAAUUCAAGGUAGGCAAUUUUCAAAGUCAAUCACCAUCAGCAAAACCUCAGCAAGCCAGUAAGUGGGGUCCAACAGGGCUCAUGUUGCAAACACAAUUGCCAAGCUCAUGCUCAGGAUGGAGAUAUGGACCCUACCCUAGCUUUGGAAGGUCCUAGCACAUCCAAGUUGGGCUCUCACUCCCCAAAGUAACACGUUUCUAUGCUCUGAUUCAUCUGCUGAUGCAGCAUUGUGGAGGCUGCUUUGCCCCUGGGGAGUCUACCAGACUUUCCUGUACAUGAUAUAGCCACGCCCUCAUUGAGACCACAGAAGGGACCAUGGAGCAAAUCCCCUCCUGGCCAUUUGCUACAAGAUGAGAACAGCAUGACUUCUUGAGGUCAGUCGAGGACAUUCAGAGACAUGAUAGCAUAAGGAACAUUGUCCAAAAGAUGGAAUUUGAACUUAUAUUUCUAAAACAAAGAGAGUAUGUGGCAUAGAGCCGACUGGAAUGCUAUCUUACUGUAAUGAAUGUAAACAGCCAGAGGUGCAUAGAAAUAUUUUUUUCUACUUUAAUGAUAUAUAUUGCUUAGCUUCACCUUUAUCUGGUGAUAUUAAACCCCAUGGCUUCUUUGCCUCAAUUUAAU